AUACAAUCUGUAAACGUUGUGGUCAUGAAUGCUCAACACCUCAAAAACUUCGUGAGCAUCUUAAGCGAAAAAAUCCAUGCAAACCAUUACAAAAGCAGAAGGAAGUAGCUUCUAUUCAAGCAUCAAUUCAGGUGCCUAUUCAAAAAGCUACCCAACAGGCUAUCCAAACUUCUGAAAUCAAAGCACAGGGGAAACCACAUGUGGUAAUCCCAAUUCUAGUUCCUGAGCUAGAACCUGAAAAGGAAGCUCCAGUACUUGGUAACGACUACAUCACAGAAGAGGAGGCAAAGAACUGGACAUGGGGUGUAAGAUUACAAAAACGUUGGAAAGAACUUGAUCUAGGUAAUGAACUACUUGAAGUAAACGAUCUAGAUGGUUGUAAGACUCUUUUCCAUGAUCUAGAACAAUAUGAUCCUAAUGCAGUUCGCCCACCAACUUUAAAAGAGUUAGAGGAAUAUGAAAAAAGGGAAAUAAAAAAUAAUAAAUCUAGCUACUCUGAAGCAUCCCAUCAGAGCAAGAAUUUGAUUAAUAAAGAAUUUGAGCGUUUAGGAGAAAUUAAGGAGCAUGAAAAGUCAGAGAAGGAUUUAGAAUUUAGGGAACAAGAAGAAUUAGGAACAGCGGUUAAAAGAAGAGCCAUAGCCGUACAUCGUGCAAAAGUUCCCAAAUCCCAUCCAGAUAAUAGAAGUGAUAUACGAAAAAUGUUAGAAAGCCGAAGAAAACAGUUUAGAGAAAUACUUGAAAAGGAAUUCGAUAAGCAUGGACAAUUUAA